GCUAAGACCAAUCCAGAAACCUCCAGCUCUCACGCCCAAGCUCCCUGCUCCCUGCCGACAUGAAGGUCUCCGCCACACUUCUCUGCCUGCUGCUCAUAGCUGCUGCCUUCUGCCCCCAGGUGCUCGCCCAGCCAGACGGCAUUAAUAGCUCAGCCACCUGUUGCUAUAGAUUUGCCACUAAGAAGAUCCGCAUCCAGAAGCUGAAGAGCUACAGAAGAAUCACCAGCAGCUACUGUCCCCGGGAAGCUGUGAUCUUCAAGACCAAACUGGCCAGGGACGUCUGUGCCGACCCCAAGCAGAAGUGGGUCUGGGAUCUCAUGGAGUACCUGGACAAGAAAACCCAAACCCGAAAGCCGUGA